AUGGAAGAAUUUCCUCACCUUGUCAAGUCUUCGACUCCAAGUGGCUCACAUAUUGGCCCUGCAACUACAGUCAACACUAUGAAAGUGAGAGAAUCUCUGAAGCACAUGGUACGAGAUUGGAGUGAGGAGGGGAAAAAGGAGCGAGAGGCCAUUUACGAGCCUAUCCUCUCGCAACUGGCCAAGAUCCCGAUCGAAGAGAGGAGGAACCAUAAAGUUUUGGUUCCUGGUUCCGGACUUGGCCGACUAGCUUGGGAGAUAGCAAAUCUUGGUUUCGACACGACGUCAUGUGAACUAUCCUACUACAUGAAUCUCUGCCUACGCUUUCUCCUCUCAGAGAAAAAUACAGAGAGAACCAAUCAGCAUACUCUACAUCCCUACAGUCAUUGGUGGUCGCACCAACGAUCAAACGAAAAUACGUUUCGUGGCAUAUCGCUGCCAGAUGUAUUACCUCGUCGCAUACCAAAUUGGACCUUACUUGAAGAAGAUUUCCUUGGACUGUCUCCACCUCUCACCCAUGGCGUUGACCAGGCUUCUAUGCUGCUUGGAGACCGCUAUUCAUUCAAUGACCUCUUGUCAGUUAUCUCAACUCUACUAUCUACUUCGUCCAGGUGGCAAAUGGAUAAAUCUUGGACCAUUACUUUACUACAAUUCGACUAUCGAGCUCAACCUCGAAGAGGUCUUGCGACUCGCCGAUCUGAUAGGGUCGUCUUGCUAAGGCCACGCGGUGGCUCUUCCUCCAUAACUGUGACACGUUCACUCGGGCAAGACACGGUCAAAGGUGACACCGUUGACGAAUCCUCCGGCCAUGGACCGUUGGACAUUGCGGAUGAAAUUCUGCCGAUUGCUACGGAGAUCCUGGGCCGCCUCUGUUUUCGCGGGGGAAAAAAAUUACUUGAAGAGGUAUUGCAGCCCAACCAUGACCGAGUUGAGAUUGAGCACAGGCUUCCAGUCCUCUCUGAGGAUGUUGAGGCAAACAUUGCCUUCGAGAUCCACAUUUGGAUGGUAAAUCUGUUAAAAAGGGUUAUCAAGGUAAAAUUAAGGAGAUCAUUGGGAUCUGGGAACUCCAUAGACAUCGUUCGUGGCAAAUCUAGCUCGGUGAUGUCUGCAACGAGGGGUCAGUAUACCGCGGUAACAAUGUGCCAGUGUCCGUUAGAUAAGCAGGACACGAUCUGGACGCGCUCGUUAGCCAAGUCACACGAGGAGGGGACUAGAAGGCUCGUCCAUGGGACCUCGGAAAAUAAAAUGUACGCUCGAUUGUUGUCGACGAGACUCGUUUCAACGACGCGCCCAGCUGUGUUUCGUGCACUAUCAAAGGGGACCAGAAUAGGGGGUGCGCCAAAACCUUUGAAAUACCUCUCAGACUGCUCGACGUCGAGCAUAGUGUUCACUGGAGACGUGCCUUUGGAAAAGUUCCUGUCGAAACAACUCAUUGACGCGCGAAAGACGCGAGAUGCAUUUCGUACAAAUUUAUUACGCAUCUUCAAGACAGUCAUAGGGGAGCUACAAACAGAGCAAAAGAUCCGAUCUACAAAUAAAGGAGUAACCCCCGAGAAACUAGAGGAGGCUGCUCUGAAGAGCGUCAGGAAAAUGAUCACCAAGCGUAGGACCGCUGCCACAGAAUAUCGCUCAUCGAAUCUCAUAGACUCUGCGGAGAACGAAGAACGAGAAGCAGCGUUUCUGGAGUCACUACUUCCGAGGCAGUUGACUGAAGAAGAAACCGCAGAGGCUAUCCGAGUGGCUUUGGCACAAGCAAAGAAGGACGGAACGUUGAGCACAGAGACACCGACAGAUGUCAAAACUGCUUUAAGAGUGCUCUCUGAGGGCAUAGAAAAGGCAAAAGGGAAAGGGGCCGUCGAGUCUGGGACCAUAUCAACCAUUGCGCUGCCCCUUUUACAAAAGGAAGGCGUAGUAAGCAUGGGAAAGAAAAAAUGA